ACUAGAGGUCUAACUGGAAAGGGUCUCUCUCUAUACAGCAAAGAAAGUAUGGUGGACUUCCAGUAGCUGCAGACAAACACUGCAGCCAGGCGUGCUCCGUAAUGUUGAACAUUCAGAUAAAUAAAACUUUAUAAAAGUUCAGAGGUAAAGCAUAGCAAAGUGUAAUAAAACAUAGCGAAAACAUGGUAAAGCAUAGGUAAGCAUUGUAGAGAUGUAUGACAAAGCAUAUUAAAAAAUAAGGCAAACUAUGGUAAACUGCUGUACAGUAAAUGUUGUAAAUGUUGGGAAAAGAAUGUGAAAACUGCACAAUUAUUGUGCAAAUUUACUGUGGUAAACGUUUACAUGGGUUACUUGAAUGCAAGCCUCACAAGCUUAGUACAUGGCUAUUGUUCUUGUAUAUCAGAGCAGCUGUACUCUAAUUGGAAGAUUCAGGGUGGGAGGGGUGUUACAUCACAUCAAGCUUCCCAGAAGCACACAUGACAUGUUGUAUGAUAUGGGACCUUUUCCAGCAAUUUCCCCCAAGCUUUAAACCAGAUGUGUCCAAAUAGUUUUGAAUUGAGCAACUUGGUUUUGCACAAUUUGAUAAUGGAUAACCCAGCACAAGCAGCUACAACUACCUAGUUCAGUUCUUCGUGAAAUUUGGACACCCUUAUGUUCCUUCACUUUGUUUCUGCAUCAGCUGUCUGCUCGGUGUGACUGUGUUGAUUGCUCGACCUUUCUCCUCCCACUCGAUGACAUCUGCGCUUGCCCAGUCGAGCCUGGAUGUCAAUUUCGGGGUUGUGUUGGUUGGUUACAUUGCAAAUUUGACUGUGGUUGUUAAAGUUUGGUUUCUUGCAACAGCAUUUAAAUAGACGACGGGGCUCUGGAUUUCACCCUGAGCCAAUUGUGAAAUUACUGUCACGUAAUGCGCUUAAGAAAUGGUUUCCAUCCGUGGAUUGUUACUGCUUUUUGUCUACCCCUUUCUCCUGUUCUGUUCUGGGAGUCCUGUUAAUAAAGAAUGCACUGGCAAGAUCUGUCAGAAGCGGCCGCCAGUCGUAUUGAUCCCGGGUGACCUGGGUAACCAGCUGGAAGCCAAGUUGGACAAGCCCAGUGUGGUGCACUACAUGUGCUCCAAGAAGACCGAGGACUACUUCACCCUCUGGCUGAAUCUGGAGCUACUCAUCCCACUUGUCAUUGACUGCUGGAUUGAUAACAUCCGACUGGUGUAUAACCACACCAGCAAGACGACAGAGUCCCCUCCAGGAGUGGAUGUGAGGGUGCCGGGUUUCGGACAGACCUUCCCCCUCGAGUACCUUGACCCCAGCAAACGCAGCAUGGGAAUCUAUUUCUACAUGCUGGUGCAGGCGAUGGUGGAAUGGGGGUACACGCGGGACGAUGACGUGCGGGGGGCUCCCUACGACUGGCGCAAAGCCCCGAAUGAGAACCAUGACUAUUUUGUAGCCCUGAAGAAGAUGAUUGAGGUCAUGGCGGAGAAAUUUGGGGGUCCUGUGGUCCUGAUCGCUCACAGCAUGGGCAACAUGUACACUCUCUACUUUCUCAACCAGCAGCCGCAGGAGUGGAAGGAUCACUAUGUCAAGGCCUAUGUGGCCCUUGGACCACCCUGGGGCGGAGUGGCCAAAACCCUGCAUGUGCUAGCCACAGGAGACAACAACCGGAUCCCCGUGAUCAGCAAUCUGAAGAUUCGCGACCAGCAGCGCUCAGCUGUCUCCACCAACUGGCUGCUACCCUACAACAACACCUGGCCUGCGGACCAGGUCUUUGUGAUUACACCCAAGGGCAACUACACUCUCCAUGACUACCAGCAGUUCUACAACGACAUCCACUUCCAGGAUGGCUGGCUGAUGCGCCAGAACACAGAGCCGCUGGUGUACAGCCUUGAGGCCCCUAGGGUGGCUGUACACUGCCUGUACGGGAGUGGGGUUGACACUCCUGAAUCAUUUGUCUACUCUGAAUUUCCUGACAAGGACCCCAAGGUCCAGUUUGGGGAUGGGGAUGGCACAGUAAACCUGGCGAGUGCCAUGCAGUGUAUGCGCUGGAUUGGGCAGCAGAAACAGCCAGUCCAACUCAAGGAGCUGAGGGGCAAUGAGCACAUUGCAAUGCUUUCUAAUUUAACUACCAUCAGCUAUGUCAAACAGGUGCUGUUUACACCUUGAGCAAUAAACUGAGAAGGUCCUACAUCGGGCAGAUUCCAAAGAAAUCCAAUUACUUGCAACAAGAAGGCCCUAUUGGCAUGCAGAAUGUUACAGUUCACCUGAAAUGGUUCUUGCUCUUCUCCAAAUGGGACCUCUUCGAAACCCCAUUGAAAUUGAAGUUGGUCCUGUUUGAAUCCCAAGAACUAUGGAUUACAUCCCACAGCUUUUGCUUUAACCUGGUUCACCAUGGCUUCUGUCAAACUGGUCAUGGUCACACCACCCUGCCGAAACUAACAAUAUGCUACAAACAAUUUGUGCCUUUCUAUUUAAGUCACACCUUUCCAGGUUUUUUGGAAUUCCAUUCCAUAAAGUGUUAUAGCAAUGUAAUGAAUUUUGUUUAAUUGCAAAAAAAUUUAGCAGCAACGGUCAUUUAUUUUUUAUUUAUUUUUAAUAAUUGCGUGUCCAAUUAUUAUUUUUCACCAGCUUUGUUUUAUACAGCAGGCACCAGUGUGCUCAAUUUCCAAAUUUGUCUUUUAACUCAUCGGUGCGUCGACCCAAAAAUGAAUAUCAAUUGAAAACAAUGUAACAAAGGUCCGCACUAAUAGGAAAAACAAAUUAAUUGAAAAACAUAAUUUUCAUUAUUUAUUCUUCAUUUCACAGCUUCAUUUUUUGAAGAACAGAUUAAAGUUCUAAUCCACGUGAAAAAUCACAAACCUUCAUCAGUGUGUAUACAAUGAUAAAAUUGUAUAUUUUUCUCCAAAUUUGGAAUGCCCAACUGCAAAUGUUGUACAUCUCCAUUCAGACUCCCCCUUUAAGUAGGGGGUGCACUUUAUCUAAAAAAAAAAAAAAAGAUAAAUUCAUCAAAAAAGUCCCUUCCUCUUAUGGGAACUAUCUUAAUAGCUACAGGACUUGAAGGAUGCUGACCAAUGGUGACAUCAUUCUUACAUGGCCUCAUGACCCAAUCUGAUGGAGUGUGUUCAGAAACAGCAGUUUCAAUAAAUGCUUUCAUAAUUUUAAAAGAUUUAAUUUAUUUAAUGAAAGUGCUGAUUUUUUUCUAUUUAGUGAAAUAUCUUGAAAAUAAUAAUAAUAAUAAUAAUAAUAAUAAUAAAAUAAAAAAAACAGUUGCUAAAGCUAAUAUCUAUGAAUUACAGCCACAUGGAGUAGAGGGCCACAACAGAUGUUCUAGAAAAUUUUUUCCUAUAUAAAUCAAUUGUCUUGACAGAGAAGUUUGUAAACAAGUAUAUAUGUGUGUGUGUGUGUGUGUAUAUAUAUAUAUAUAUAUAUAUAUAUAUAUAUAUAUAUAUAUAUAUAUAUAUAUAUAUAUAUAUAUAUAUAUAUAUAUAUUAUAGUGCAGUACUAGAGGGUGAAUGGUUUUAAGAAGAGUCAGGGAGCCCCACAUUCUGAAGCAUUAAUAUACAGCUUUUACCAGAGACAAAAGCCUCCCCUGCAGCAGCCCAGCAGAGAUUUCCACAGAAACACAGCCAGACAGCAGAAUAGAAGAUCUUGAUUGAACAGUUGUUGGUGGCUCGGAUACAUUAUUUACUGACACUGUGAAAAGGGAGGACUUGUACGUCUUGGGUUUCUGCCUCACCAUCCAAGAUUAAACAAAGUACCGCCACUGAGAUGCUACUGCAAUAUUUGAGACUACCGGAACGCUAAGAGGGGAGUGUUCACAUGUUUAUUUUUUCAAAGAUAUCGCUUUUAUUUUCAGAGUUCCAGUGGCCGAUUCCUUAUUAGGUUUUCAAGUAAAAUUUUUAUCAGAAAAUACUGUAUCUUGCUUUCUGUAAUUGUGAUGUAUAGCUAUUGUGUCACAAUUUAUUAUAAUGUAUAAGUGUAAAUUGUUAGAAAAUUUGGAGCUUUAUUUUUGUUAGGUCAAAACAUGAAACUAAAUGAAAGAGCCCAGAUAUAUUAUUUCACUUAAGUGCUAUAAUUAUUUUGAAAAUGUAUACUGUGGGUUGUACUAGUUAUCUGUGUGAAAUACCCUUGUAUAAAGAUUAAUUCAUCCUUGGCCUUUACAAAUUCCCAGGGAAACUGAAACGGUAAGCUAAUUGUCUGCCAAAAGUGCUCUUACACUUUGACAAUGUGUUCAUUUUAAUUGUAUUAAAUAGUCUGUAUAGCUUACUGCAAAUCCCACAGCAAUGUAUGAAUUCAUGCAUGUAAUAACUCACUCAGAACCCCAGCCUUACUUACCACAUUAUAUUUCAUUUUAUGUUUCAGACAUUACAACCUGGAGACACUUGAAAACUCAAAAGUACUGUGGUCUCAGUACAGCUCUCAAGCACGUCUUCUCUAAGUUCAGUUGGUACACCAGUGUAACCUUUCCCCCCUGCAACACUCUGCCCCUAGUCGGUCUAAGAAAUACCACAUAGAACAAAUGUGGUGUUUCUUAAUUGAACGGUUAAUUGUAACACGCAGGUGUAUCAGUUGAACUUAGAAUGCAUGUUUGAGUGCUGCAUUAAGGCCACAAAAAGUCACCAGUAUAAAAGUAUUGCAAUGGUGGUGCCAUACAUUUUAUUUAAUGCAGGUCCAGGAUUUUUUUUUUUUUUUUUUUUUUAAAUGCUAUACAACGUGCUUCAAAACAAUAAGAAUAUAUUAGUUUACAUAACUGUGGUAUUUCAUACCCCUACCAAGUUGCUCUUAAAGUUGCUUAUCCUUUUAUUUUUGUUAAGCUGCGAUUCUAGAUUCCUAUGAUUAUUAAGAGUGGUAUGUGGGGAAACAUGUUUCCAUUCUGUAGCAAGUUGUACCUCUUGCCUUGCUGCACCUAAUAAUUAUAUUAAAGAUGACAACUGUCUUUCGAUUCAUGAUUUAUGUACCAGGACUAGUGACCAAUCCUGUGAACUCGCUUCAGAAAGUUAUGGGAGAACCUGGGGUAUAGUCCAGCUAUGUUAGGACUGAGCUGACAACAGCCAGCAUCUAAAACACUUUCACUAGAAAGGCAGGAGUUUGUGUACCUUUGUAUUUAGCAGAACACUUGCUAUACAAUGUAUCCAUUGACCGUAUCUUUCCUUUACUGGUUUUUGCACAAAGAGUUUACACCUUCAUGUGCCUGUGUGCCUAAUUUCUAAAAAAAUAAAUAAAAUAAGCACCAAUCAGUGCCAACAGUGGAAUCCAGGUCAUGCUCUGAUAUCAAAUCCCACGCAUCAAUUAAAACAACCAAUCAUCUGCUCCGCAACAGAAUAAGACCAAAUUAAGUCAUUGGUGUGGAUAUGUAUAUAGAAUUCAAGAUUUAACAACUGCUUAUAGCAUCUUCCCCAUUGGAUACUCAAAACGCAGAUGAAUAUGUGGCAUAAAUAUUGUAUAUGGUAAACCUCGUCUAGCAGCCAUGAUUGAGGGCCAAAUUUUAUAUUAUUGUCUGCAUAGAGCAGGGAGACAAUGAACAAUGUGCAUUAUCAGUGUUUUUUCUAGCCACAGGAUUAAAAAGAGCCUGUCAGUAAUCUUAGGUUUUGUGUAUGAAUGUCUAGUAAUAUAAAUGGCAAGGUGUCUUUUUUUCCCCCCCAAAUGUUUUCAUUACUGAUUUUUUAAAUGUACUUUCCCAAUAAACAAAAAAAUAAUUAAA